UUUCUGACUUAUGAUUUUCUUUUCAAAAUCUCAAACCCUGUCAACUUCGUUCUCUCCUCUCUUUCUUUCAAGUAGCAGUUCAACACUCCAUUGCAGAGUACCGCGCCAUUGCAGAAUCAACCAUAAUCCACCGCGCCCUUGCCGACACUCCAUCUGAGAAUAAUCGAGGUUUUAAUUAUUUCAGUAUAUGGCUAGGCGAAGGGUUAAGAAAACAACUGAAAAACAAGUUCCCUCAUCACCUGGGGCUGAUUUGAAUGAUGUCCAAGUAAAAGAAACUCAAAACGAGAAGAAAGAAACUCAAAACGAGAACAAAGAAGCUCAAUUCACUGACCCAGAUGUUGAGCGACAAAUUGCCGCCAUUAGAGCUAUUCGUGAUGUCGAGAUUGAGCAUCUGUUGACUGAGUUGCGUUUGCUCCGCUCAUAUUUCAAAAAGGAGCAGUUGCAGACCCCAGUACUGCAAUUUUUUGCAGAGAACUUUUCGAACUUGUCAGUGGUAAGAAAUGGACAAAAUAGAGGGGCUGAAGUACAAUGGAAAACUGAAGAAGACAAUGUAUCUGAUGACAAUAGAAGAGAGCUCCAUGCUUCCCUUCUGCGUCGAUUGUCCAUGGCUUAUUCCGAUUAUUCUGCAGCAAUCCCAUCUUUGGGUGGUUUUGACUUUUCUCGUAAAACAGUGAAAACAAGGCAUUUUGCUGGUGAAGAUCUGCAGAUCAGAGAUUUUGUUCUGGAGGAGCCGUCUGAAACACAGAUGUUAGGGAUACAAGAUGCUUUUUGUACACCUGGGAUGAGUAGCCAAAGGCUCUCUGUUGGAAUGACACCUAAAACACUAAGGCUUCCAAAGCCUGGAGAGAUGCUUUUAUCUGUCCGUGGUUCACCACUUGGUGUUUACAAGGAAGACAACAUGGAAGCUAUACAUGAGUCUGAAGAGAGUUAACUGGAAAUUGCUGAAGUAGUCAAAUCAUGAUUCAGUGCGCUACUGGUUCUAUUGAAUUAUUUGUAUUAAGAUUUUUGUAAAAUUUGGUCAAAGCUUAUUUCUUAAUCCGAUGAUACAAUGUAAAUUUCAUCUAUGUGGUAGUAUAGUUUAGUUUUGCGCGUUCCAAAAAAAUGGUGCUAUUCUGCUUAGUCAACUUCAGAUCAAAAUCCAUGUUUACAUAAUGAGUCUAGGCCGAUAUAUAUUGGAUAAUAAAAUAAGAUUUCUUUUCCCAUUAAUUUAGAACUUUAUAUAAAUAUAUUCAAGACUUGAUUGAUUCACAAUC